ACCUCCCAACCUUAAUUGCAGCGAAGAGCAACAACUACUUCUCUCAAAGAGGACGAGGAGGAAGGAAGAGGGAGCAUUAUGGCUGGUUCGUGCUUGUAUCUGUUCAGACGAGGGAUACCGGCGGAUGUGAAAUGGACGGCGGCAAAGAGACUUCUGACGACGGCUGCGGGGAGAAAAUACAAUCUCAGCGUGUUCAUCUCAAACUCCAAGUCUCCGCACUUCAACCUCUCCUUCGAAGACUACCUCUUCCAGAAAUACCCGCCCUCCUCCUCCCCUAGCAGCAUCCCCGCAAAAUACCUUCUCCUCUACACAAACACGCCCUGCGUGAUCAUCGGCCGCAACCAAAACCCGCACCGCGAGACUGCGGUGGCAGCCCUGCGCACGCACGGCAUCCCGCUCGUGCGUCGCAAGUCUGGCGGCGGCGCUGUGUUUCACGAUCUUGGGAACGUGAAUUACUGCGUGAUGAUGCCGAACGGGGAUUUUGAUCGGGAUGAGCACGCGCUUGCGAUUUGCGAUGCUGUGGCGCGGAUUGGAGGGAAGGGGGAGGAGGGAGGAGGAGUUAGGUUGGAGGUUAAUGAGAGACAUGAUAUCGUUGAUUGCGACGGUAAGAAAGUCAGUGGUUCGGCAUACAAAUUGCAGCGCGGGAAAGCAUACCACCACGGCACGAUGCUGCUAAACAGCAAGCUGCACAUAUUAUCCGAAGUCCUGCACUCCUCGUCCGAGUACACCUCGCUGCAGCAGGUCGAGGGCGCGGGCGUGCAGAGCGUCAAGUCGCCGGUUGCGAACGUCGGCGUUGAGAGUGAGGCGUUUGUCGAGGCUGUUGUGAAGUUGUUUAGAGAGCGGUAUACAGAUGGUGGUGAUGGGAGCUUUAGUGUUCGGUUUUUGGACGAGAAGAGUUUGUUGCCUGAUGAGCAGGACGAAGUCCUCAAGCGUGUGGACGAGUUACAGAGCUGGAAAUGGACUUUUGGCUCAACCCCCAAAUUCACGCACAAAUUCCUUCUCGAAAAGGACGGGCCGCCGGCACUCACGUUCGCGGUGAAAGAAGGCACGAUCCUUGCCGUCGACAGCACGCUUCCGGAAUCUGAGGUGGUCGCGGACGAGAUGGUCGGGAAGAUGUACAGAGCUGAGGAGAUUGAGGAGUUUGUUCCGUCUGGGUAUUGGCGGGAUCGCAUACGGAAUUCGAUUUAGAUUCGAUUUGUUUGAGUUGAGUUGAUUUGAUUUGAUUAGAAACAGGUGCAUUUAACGGUGGGAAUUGUACAUAGACACCUCAUAACAUACACACAUACAUACAUACAUAC